AUGGCUCAGCAGCAAAUCAGUGAAGAAGGGACAACUUUAGUUUCCCCACAUAAAGAUGCCAGAGAGUCGAAGGGUUCGAUGAUAUCUGCAUCUUUUAAUUUUAUCAACUCUAUUAUAGGAUCUGGAAUAAUUGGUUUACCGUACGCAAUGAACCAGGCAGGGCUGCCGAUCGGCCUUCUCCUUUUGAUUCUUGUUGCAGUCAUCACAGACUACUCAAUCGUUCUACUAAUAAAAGGAGGAAACCUGUCAGGGUCCAACAGUUAUCAGAUGUUAGUCCGAAAUACGUUUGGUUUCCCAGGAUUUUUGAUUUUAUCAGCUCUACAGUUCCUUUAUCCUUUCAUUGCCAUGAUCAGCUACAACAUCACAACCGGUGACACACUGACCAAAGUGUUUCAGAGAAUACCAGGAGUCGGACCGGACCACAUUCUUGCAGAGCGUCACUUCGUCAUCUUACUGUCCACCCUUCUCUUCACGCUGCCGCUCUCACUUUAUCGAAACAUAGAGAGACUCGGGAAGGUGUCCUUCCUGUCGAUGGUGCUGACGCUCUUCAUCCUCGUCAUCGCCGUCAUCAGAGCAGCAACUCUUGGAACCCAAAUCGUCCCUACAGAGAAUGCGUGGGUAUUUGCCAAGUGGAACGCCAUCCAGGCGGUCGGUGUGAUGUCUUUUGCCUUUAUUUGCCACCACAACAGCUUUCUGAUCUAUAACUCUCUGGAGCGGCCCACUUUAUCCAACUGGUCUCAGGUCACCCACAUCUCUGUGGGCUCGGCGCUGAUCAUCAGUGCUGCCUUUGCUGUUGCAGGAUACACAACGUUCACGGGCUACACGCAAGGAGACAUAUUUGAGAACUACUGCAGAGACGACAACCUGGCAACAUUCGGUCGCUUCUGCUUUGGCCUUAGCAUAAUAACCACGUUUCCACUCGAGUGUUUUGUUACGAGAGAGGUGUUAUCCAACGUCAUAUGCAGUCGUGAUCUUUCAAAAGUUGAACAUGUCGCUCUAACCACGCUCAUAGUUGCAGUCUGCACCGCCAUAUCUUUGGCUUAUGACUGCCUGGGAGUGGUUUUGGAACUGAACGGGGUUUUGAGUGCCACCCCUCUCAUCUUCAUCAUCCCAUCUGCGUGCUUCCUCAAGCUGUCCCCCGGCCGUUUGUUCCAAGGUGAAAACGUGGUUCCCUUCUUGUUGAUAAUAACUGGCUUGUUUGUUAUGAUCACUGGUCUGACCAUGACUAUAAUCUACCCUCAAGACUGCUCACAUGGUGUAGAGAUGUUCUACUGCGCAGAUGCCAACAUCUCCAGCACUGUGCCACCUUAA